CCACUACCCCUCUCUCCCAUCCACUCCCCCUCUCUAUCCCGUCCACUCCCCCUCCUCUCACGUCCCAACUCGGGAGGAGCGCCACCGGUCGGUUGAAAUAAUUCCCCCCGUUCUCGGCCAAAAUGGAGGAGCUUCCUCGCCUUUUAAAGGGAGCACAUAUCGCACGCGUGUUACAACCGUGAGAGCUGACCCCCGUUUCAAUGGAAAGGCGUUAAACUGCGGUGGCACUGAUCCGUAAAGACGCUUGGGAUUAACGUUUCUCGGGAUUUUUGUCCGUUCCGGUGCAGCGCGCAGUGAUGAGUGCGGGAGAGGCGCUGGAUGAGGCUGCGAAGGACGCGGCAGACAUAGCGGCGUUUUUCAAAUCCGAUUGCUCUCUUCCCAAAUGUGAUCCCAAACUGGACGGCCCGGCUCAAACUCCAGGGUUCCAUCGCAAUGAGGACAUGAAAGCGAUCGAUGUUCUCCCCAUCCUCAAGGAGAAAGUCGCCUUCCUCUCAGGGGGGAGGGACAGACGCGGCGGGCCCAUCCUCACCUUCCCCGCGCGGAGCAACCAUGACAGAAUGCGACCUGAGGACCUACGGAGGCUCAUAGCAUACCUGGCCACCAUCCCCAGCGAGGAUGUGGCGAGACAUGGCUUCACGGUCAUCGUGGACAUGCGCGGCUCCAAGUGGGACAGCAUCAAGCCCCUGCUGAAGAUCCUGCAGGAGUCCUUCCCCUCCUGUAUCCACGUCGCCCUCAUCAUCAAGCCCGACAACUUCUGGCAGAAGCAGAGGACCAACUUCGGCAGCUCCAAGUUUGAGUUUGAGACGGUGAUGGUGUCCUUAGAGGGCCUGAACAAGAUAGUGGACCCCUCCCAGCUGACAGCUGACUUCGAGGGCAGCCUGGAGUACAACCAUGAGGACUGGAUUGAGGUGCGGCUGUCCUUCGAGACGUUCGCGGGCGACGCGGCCCGCGCCCUGUCGCGCCUGGAGGAGCUCCAGGAGACCCUCUCCCAGCGGGACCUGCCCCGGGACCUGGAGGGGGCCCGCCGGCUGAUGGAGGACCACGCGGGGCUCAAGAAGCGGGCCACCAAAGCCUCCGUGGAGGAGCUGGACGCCCAGGGGAAGAGGCUGCUGCAGAGGCUGCAGACCCUCACCGCCAGUACCACUGCUGGCGGCGGCGGCGGCGGUAGGCACGCCGACGCCCACCACCUGGCCGGCAGCGUGACGGGCGUGCUGGAGAAGCUGCACGGCACGCGGCAGCACCUGCAGCAGCUCUGGCACAUGAGGAAGCUGAAGCUGGACCAGUGCUUCCAGCUCCGUCUGUUUGAGCAGGACGCCGAGAAGAUGUUUGACUGGAUCAUGCACAACAAGGGCCUCUUCCUGACCAGCUACACGGAGAUCGGCAGGAACAACCAGCACGCCGUUGAGCUGCAGACACAGCACAACCACUUCGCCAUGAACUGCAUGAACGUGUACGUGAACAUCAACCGCAUCAUGUCGGUGGGGAACCGGCUGCUGGAGUCUGGCCACUACGCUCCCAGCAAGAUCCAGCAGAUCUCGGGUCAGCUGGAGGCGGAGUGGAAGGCCUUCGCCGCGGCGCUGGACGAGCGCAGCACGCUGCUGGAGAUGUCCGCCAGCUUCCACCAGAAGGCCCGACAGUACAUGGGCAACGUGGAGCCGUGGUGUAAGGCCUGUGGCGAGGGCGAGCUGCCCUCAGAGCUGCAGGACCUGGAAGAUACCAUCCACCACCACCAGGGGCUGUAUGAGCACGUCACCACCGCAUACUCAGAGGUGAGCCAGGACGGGAAGUCCCUGCUGGACAAGCUGCAGCGCCCGCUGACCCCCUGCAGCACCGACUCCCUGACGGCGUCGGCCAAUUACUCCAAGGCGGUGAACCACGUGCUGGACAUCAUCCACGAGGUGCUGCACCACCAGCGGCAGCUGGAGAACAUCUGGCAGCACCGCAAGGUGCGCCUGCACCAGCGCCUGCAGCUCUGCGUCUUCCAGCAGGACGUCCAGCAGGUGCUGGACUGGAUCGAGAACCACGGCGAGGCCUUCCUCAGCAAGCACACCGGGGUGGGCAAGUCCCUGCACCGUGCCCGCGCCCUGCAGAAGAGGCACGAGGACUUUGAGGAGGUCGCCCAGAACACCUACACCAACGCGGACAAGCUGCUGGAGGCGGCGGAGCAGCUGGCCCAGACGGGGGAGUGCGACCCGGAGGAGAUCUACCAGGCCGCCCACCAGCUGGAGGACCGCAUCCAGGACUUUGUGCGGCGCGUGGAGCAGCGCAAGGUGCUGCUGGACAUGUCCGUGGCCUUCCACACGCACGUCAAAGAGCUGUGGACGUGGUUGGAGGAGCUGCAGAAAGAGCUGCUGGACGACGUGUAUGCCGAGUCGGUGGAGGCGGUCCAGGAGCUGAUCAAGAGGUUUGGCCAGCAGCAGCAGACCACGCUGCAGGCCACGGUCAACGUCAUCAAGGAGGGGGAGGACCUCAUCCAGCAGCUCAGGGACUCGGCCAUCUCCAGCAACAAGACGCCCCACAACAGCUCCAUGGCGCACAUCGAGAGCGUGCUGCAGCAGCUGGACGAGGCCCAGGCCCAGAUGGAGGAGCUCUUCCAGGAGAGGAAGAUCAAGCUGGAGCUCUUCCUCCAGCUGCGCAUCUUCGAGAGGGACGCCAUCGACGUGAUCUCGGACCUGGAGUCAUGGAACGAGGAGCUGUCCCAGCAGAUGGGCGAGUUUGACACAGAGGACCUGCCCCUGGCAGAGCAGCGUCUGCAGCACCACGCCGACAAGGCCCUCACCAUGAACAACCUCACCUUCGACGUCAUCCACCAGGGCCAGGAGCUGCUGCAGUAUGUCACCGAGGUGCAGGCGUCCGGCGUGGAGCUGCUGUGCGACCGCGACGUGGACAUGGCCACGCGGGUGCAGGACCUGCUCGAGUUCCUCCACGAGAAGCAGCAGGAGCUGGACCUGGCGGCGGAGCAGCACCGCCGCCACCUGGAGCAGUGCGUCCAGCUGAGGCACCUGCAGGCCGAAGUCAAGCAGGUGCUGGGCUGGAUCCGGAACGGGGAGUCCAUGCUGAACGCCGGGCUGAUCACAGCCAGCUCCCUGCAGGAGGCGGAGCAGCUGCAGAAGGAGCACGAACAGUUUCAGCACGCCAUCGAGAAGACCCACCAGAGCGCCUUGCAGGUCCAGCAGAAGGCUGAGGCCCUACUGCAGGCCAACCACUACGACAUGGACACCAUCCGGGACUGUGCUGAGAAGGUGGCCGACCACUGGCAGCAGCUGAUGCUGAAGAUGGAGGACAGGCUUAAGCUGGUCAACGCGUCGGUGGCCUUCUACAAGACCUCCGAGCAGGUGUGCAGCGUGCUGGAAAGCCUGGAGCAGGAGUACAAGAGGGAGGAGGAUUGGUGCGGGGGCGCUGAUAAGCUGGGGCCCAACUGUGAGUCGGACCACGUCACGCCCAUGAUCAGCAAGCACCAGGAGCAGAAGGAGGCCUUCCUCAAGGCCUGUACACUGGCCAGGCGCAACGCAGACGUCUUCCUGAAGUACCUGCACCGGAACAGCGUCAACAUGCCCGGCAUGCUGUCCCACGUCAAGGCCCCUGAGACCCAGGUCAAGAACAUCCUCAAUGAGCUGCUUCAGAGGGAGAACAGGGUGCUCCACUUCUGGACCAUGAGGAAGAGGAGGCUGGACCAGUGUCAGCAGUACGUGGUGUUUGAGCGCAGCGCCAAACAGGCACUGGAGUGGAUCCACGACACGGGAGACUUCUACCUGUCCACACACACCUCCACGGGCUCCAGCAUCCACCACACCCAGGAGCUACUCAAAGAGCACGAGGACUUCCAGAUCACCGCCAAGCAAACCAAAGAGCGCGUGAAGCUGUUGAUCCAGCUGGCCGACGGCUUCUGCGACAAGGGCCACGCCCACGCGGUGGAGAUCAAGAAAUGGGUGGCGUCCGUCGAUAAGCGCUACCGGGACUUCUCCAUGCGCAUGGACAAGUACCGGGGCUGUUUGGAGUCAGCGCUCGGCAUCUCCUCAGACUCCAACAAGGCUAGUAAAGACCUCCAGCUGGACAUCAUUCCCGCCAGCGCCCCGGGGUCAGAGGUCAAACUGAGGGACGCUGCCCACGACCUCAACGAGGAGAAGAGGAAGUCCGCCCGCAGGAAAGAGUUCAUCAUGGCAGAGCUGAUCCAAACAGAGAAGACCUACGUCAGAGACCUACGGGAGUGCAUGGAUACGUACCUGUGGGAGAUGACCAGUGGUGUAGAGGAGAUCCCACCAGGGAUUAUCAACAAGGAGCACAUCAUCUUCGGCAACAUGCAGGACCUCUACGAGUUCCACCACAAUAUCUUCCUCAAGGAGUUGGAGAAAUAUGAGCAGCUUCCAGAAGAUGUGGGCCAUUGCUUCGUCACCUGGGCGGACAAGUUCCAGAUGUACGUCAACUACUGUAAGAACAAGCCCGACUCCACCCAGCUCAUCCUGGAACACGCAGGGCCCUAUUUUGACGAGAUCCAGCAGAGGCACAGACUCGCAAACUCCAUCUCGUCUUACCUCAUCAAACCAGUGCAGAGGAUCACCAAGUACCAGCUGCUGCUCAAGGAGCUCUUGACCUGCUGCGAGGAGGGGAAGGGGGAGAUCAAGGACGGCCUGGAGGUGAUGCUCAGCGUCCCCAAGAGAGCCAACGACGCCAUGCACCUCUCCAUGCUGGACGGCUUCGACGGAAACAUUGACUCCCAGGGAGAGCUGAUCCUGCAGGAGUCCUUCCAGGUGUGGGAUCCCAAGACCCUGAUCCGCAAAGGCCGCGAGCGCCACCUCUUCCUGUUCGAGAUGUCCCUGGUCUUCAGCAAGGAGGUCAAGGACUCCAACGGACACAGCAAAUACCUCUACAAGAGCAAGAUGUUUACUUCCGAGCUGGGUGUGACAGAGCACGUGGAGGGGGACCCCUGCAAGUUCGCUCUCUGGGUGGGAAGGACCCCCACCUCCGACAACAAGAUCGUGCUCAAGGCUUCCAGCAUCGAGAACAAGCAGGACUGGAUCAAACACAUCCGGGAGGUGAUCCAGGAGCGAACCAUCCACCUGCGGGGGGCGCUGAAGGAGCCCAUCCACAUGCCCAAGGCCACCACGACCAAACACAAAGGCAGACGGGAUGGAGAGGAUCUGGACAGCCAGGGCGACGCCAGCAGCCAGCCAGACACCAUCUCCAUCGCCUCGCGCACCUCCCAGAACACCCUGGACAGCGACAAGCUGUCGGGCGGCUGCGAGCUCACCGUGGUCAUCCACGACUUCCUGGCGGGCCACGGCGGCCACGGGGCCCACGGGGCCCACGGGGGCCACAGCGGCGGGCUGGAGCUGACGGUGCGGCGCGGCCAGACGGUGGAGGUGCUGGAGCGCUGCCAUGACAAGCCCGACUGGUGCCUGGUGCGGACCACCGACCGCUCGCCCGCCCUGGAGGGCCUGGUGCCCUGCGCCAUGCUCUGCAUCGCCCACUCCCGCUCCUCCAUGGAGAUGGAGGGCAUCUUCAACCACAAAGACACGCUGUCCGUCUCCAGCAACGACGCGCUGCAGCCGGGCUCCAGCCACACCCUGGGGCCCCACAUCUCCCCGGGGCCCAAGCGUCCGGGCAACACGCUGCGCAAGUGGCUGACCAGCCCCGUGCGGCGCCUGAGCUCGGGCAAGGCCGACGGCCACGUCAAGAAGCUGGCCAACAAGCACAAGAAGAACCGCGGCGAGGUGGUCCGCAAGACGGCCGCCGACCUGCCGCUGGGCUCCCACAAGGACCCCGACGACACGGCCGCCACGCCCCAGGACGAGACCCUGGAGGAGCGCAUGCGCAACGAGGGCCUGAGCAGCGGCACGCUGUCCAAGUCGUCGUCGUCGGGCAUGCAGAGCUGCGGGGAGGAGGAGGGCGAGGAGGGGCCUGACGCCGUGCCUCUACCGCCCCCUAUGGCCAUCCAGGUGCACAGCCUGCUGCAGCCAGACUCCCAGGACGACAAGGCAUCUCGACUGUCCAGUCGUCCCAGUAGCUCGGAGACUCCCAGUGCCGCUGAACUGGUCAGCGCCAUCGAGGAGUUGGUGAAGAGCAAGAUGUCUCUGGAGGACCGUCCCAGCUCUCUGUCGGUGGAGCAGGGCGACAGCAGCUCCCCCUCUCUCAUCCCCUCAGACAACUCCCUCCUCUCGUCGUCCUCCCCCAUCGACGAGUUGGACGACAGGAAGUCCGGCUUCCUCAAGAGGAGACAUUAUGUGAUGCUGGAGCUGGUGGAAACCGAAAGAGAUUACGUCAGGGACCUUGGCUCUGUGGUGGAGGGCUACAUGAGCAGGAUGAAGGAGGAGGGCGUUCCUGACGACAUGCGAGGAAAGGACAAGAUUGUGUUCGGGAACAUCCAUCAGAUCUACGACUGGCACAAAGAUUUCUUCCUGGCUGAGCUUGAAAAGUGCCUGGAGGAUCCCGAGAGGCUGGCUUCUCUGUUUGUCAAACAGGAGAGGAGACUGCACAUGUACAUAGUGUACUGCCAAAACAAGCCCAAAUCCGAACACAUCGUCUCGGAGUACAUCGACAAUUACUUUGAGGACCUCAAGCAGAGGUUGGGUCACAGACUACAGCUCACUGACCUGUUGAUCAAACCUGUGCAGCGCAUCAUGAAGUACCAGCUCCUGCUGAAGGAUCUUCUCAAGGUCUCCAAGAAGUCCGGUGCAGACUCGCUGGAGCUUGAGAAAGCCGUGGAGGUGAUGUGUGUGGUGCCCAAGCGCUGCAACGACAUGAUGAAUGUCGGCCGCCUCCAGGGAUUUGAAGGUAAGAUCGUGGCCCAGGGCAGGCUACUACUGCAGGACACCUUCAUGGUGUCGGACCAGGACGGAGGCCUCCUCUCCAGGAUGAAGGAGAGGAGGGUCUUCCUCUUUGAGCAGAUCGUCAUCUUCAGCGAGCCCCUGGACAAGAAAAAGGGCUAUACGACUCUGGGCUACCUCUUCAAGAACAGCGUCAAGGUGAGCUGGCUGGGUCUGGAGGAGAACCCAGAUGACCCCUGUAAGUUCACCCUGACGUCCCGGUCCACCAGCGGGGGGCAGGAGCGCUACACCCUGCACUCCCCCAGCUCCGCCGUCAGCCAGCUCUGGGUCCACCAGGUCAGCCAGAUCCUGGAGAACCAGCGCAACUUCCUCAACGCGUUGACCUCUCCCAUCGAGUACCAGAGGAACCACGUGGGGGGCGGCGGGGCCGGGGGCCCCCCCAGCAGCAGUAGCAGCGGUGGGGGCAGUGCCGGGGGUCUGGCCGGGGGCAGCAGCUCCAGCAACGCCCACAGCCUGGGAGGAGGAGGAGGAGGAGGAGGAGGAGGAGGAGGAGGAGGAGGAGGCGGCGGAGUCGUCGGAGGAGGAAGUGGCGGCGGCGGCGGCGGCGGAGGAGGAAGCUCCGGCGUCUCCGGCAGCAACUCGUCCCUGUGCGGCCCCCGCACCCGGCCCUCGCGCAUCCCCCAGCCCUCCUCCCGCCUCCCACAGCCCGUCCACCACCACCACCCCCCGGGCCCCGACGGGCCCGACCCAUCAGCAGGUACGUGGUCGUCUCCCUGCCGCACCCCCCCCACACCCCCCCUGACCCCCCGGGGCUCCCUCCUCCCGCCCAACCCCUACCCCUACCUGGACGCCGAUGUCGUGGGGGAGGCUCUUGAGUCGGGGGGGCCCGAGGUGCCCCGGAUGCGGGUGCUGGACGGGCCCCUGGGUAGCGGCGGCGGCGGCGGCGGUAGCAUCGGCGGAGGCAGCAGCAGCGGCAGCAGUGGAGGCAGCAGCGGCAGCAUCGCUAACAACGCUAACACCGCUAACGGCUUGUGUGGGAGCGCGGAGGGCAGCCCCGGGCGCCGGGGCCCCCGGGGGCCCUCAGGGGAGGGCCAGAGACAUACCGCCGCGGGGAUCCCGCAGAUGGCGGUGGCCCCCUUGAUCACGCUGCCCCUCAAGACCCCCCGGGUCGCCACGGUUACGCCGUUAGCCUCGCCGCAGUCUCCCAGUGGAGGAGGAGGAGGAGGAGGGUUCAACAAGGACGCCGGCGUCGUCCCCGCCAGCCCGGCUCACAAGGGCGGGACGUUCUGGGCCGGGGUCCCGGCGGUACCGGCCUCCCCCGCCGGCCGGUCGGGGGCCUUCCCCUUCCCCGCGGUCGGCGACGGGGCGGGGUCGUCCUGCGGGGGCGGCGGCGGCGGCGACUCUCUGGGCCGCGGCACGCCCUCCCAGCAGCACCGGCCCCGCUGCCACUCGGGUCACAGUAAGGACCAGGACCGCAUGAGCACCUGCUCCUCCACCAGCGAGCAGUCCAUACACUCCACCCAGAGCAACGGGAGUGAAAGCAGCAGCAGCAGCAGCAGCACGGUGUCAACCAUGCUGGUGACCCAGGACUACGGGGCCGUGAAGGAGGACGAGGUGAGCGUGCUGCAGGGCGAGGUGGUGCAGAUGCUGGCCAGCAACCAGCAGAACAUGUACCUGGUUUACCGGGCCGCCACGCAGCACUGCCCGGCCGCCGAGGGCUGGAUCCCCGGCCACGUGCUGGGCCACACCUCGGCCUCCGUCACGCCCGACCUCCCGGAGGGCACCAUCAAAAAAUCAUUAUCAUGGCACACAGCACUUCGUAUCCGACGUAAAUCUGAGAAGAGGGACAAGGAGGGCAGGAAGGAGACCAAGAUGGAGAACGGCUUCCGCAAAUCCCAGGACGGCCUGGCAAACAAAGUCUCUGUCAAGCUUCUAAACCCCAACUACAUAAAUAAUGCACCCCCUGAGUUCCUGGUGCCCGUGGCCGACGUGGCGUGCGACCGAGGGGACAACGUCACCCUGCGCUGCAAAGUGUGCGGCCGGCCUCGGGCCACCGUGUCCUGGCACGGCCCCGACAACAGCGCCCUCGGCAACAGCAGCCGCUUCAGCGUCAGCUACAGCGAGACCGGGGAGGCGGUGCUGAACAUCCUGGGCGCCUCGGCGGAGGACGUGGGCGUGUACACCUGCAUCGCCACCAACGUCUCGGGCUCUGUCACCUCCUCCGCCAGCCUCAGGGUCUUAGGGGCCUCUGACGACAGGAGUGAAUUCGUCUGGAAGAGCAGCUUUGAGUCCUACUACACCGAGACCAGUGAGCUGGGAAGGGGCCGUUUCUCGGUGGCCAAGCGGUGCGAGCAGCGGGGGAGCAAGCGCUCGGUGGUGGCCAAGCACGUGAACAAGCGUCUGCUGCGGCGAGAGCAGGUGCUGCGGGAGGUUCGGCUGCUGCAAUCGCUGGACCACCCCAACCUGGUGGGGCUGUUGGACACCUACCAGACGGCCACCAGCUAUGUGCUCGUCCUGGAGAUGGCGGAGCAGGGCCGGCUGCUGGACUACAUCGUGAGCUGGGGCAGCCUGACGGAGGAGAAGGUGGCCUUCUACCUGCGGGACGUCCUGGAGGCCCUGCACUACCUCCACAGCUGGAGGAUAGCACACCUGGACGUCAAGCCGGAGAACCUGCUGGUGGAGCACGUCUCCUCCCAGCCCACGGUGAAGCUCACAGACUUUGGCGACGCGGUCCAGCUGGAGCCGCCCUCCUCCUACGUCCACCCGCUCCUCGGCAGCCCGGAGUUCGCCGCUCCGGAGCUGGUACUGGGUCAGCCCGCCUCCGUCAUGGCCGACAUGUGGAGCUUGGGAGUGGUGACCUACGUGGUGCUGAGCGGGGCGUCGCCCUUCCUGGACGACAGCGUGGAGGAGACGUGUCUGAACGCGUGCCGGCUGGACUUCAGCUUCCCACACGACUACUUCCGGGGCGUGAGCGCCGCCGCCCGCGACUUCGUGUGCGCGCUGCUCCGGAGCGAGCCGGACGCACGGCCCGGCGCCGCCGCCUGCCUGCGGAUGCCGUGGCUACAGCCCCGCGGCGGCCCGCGUGCUGGAGGACCCCCGACCCCGGCGCCCCAUGCCGCACCCCCCCCGGUGGGGGACGUCCACCUGGACACCUCCCGCCUCAUCUCCUUUAUCGAGCGCCGGAAGCACCAGACGGACGUGCGGCCCGUCGCCGCCACGCAGCACUUCCUCCACAGCCGCCUCCUCGACCACGCCUGAUGGGCCGCGGCCCGGUUGUGACCGCACGACCCCCCCCCCCCCCCCCCCCCCCGGGAGGAGGUCAGGUGGGGUCGGGUGACCCGAGGGGGUCGGUGCUGCAGCUGCUGAAGAAACGUCGGCCCCCCCUGCCCAUAAAUCGAACGCAUCUCGGAUACGAGGUGAUGUCCCCGCCCCCUCCACCCCGACACACACACACACAUGCCGACACACACACAAACACGCCUCCUCACUCGGCCAUGAAAUGUCCUGCUGCUGCUGCUGUCUGACUGACUGACCUCUGCUGAAAUUCCCCUCCCCCCGAUCCAACCCCCCCCCCCCCCCCUCUUUCUUUAUCAUCUCAACCUACUUCUACGUGGUCAUCUGUGGCCCUCGUCCCGGACACUCCAUUGGCAUAUGGACGUAUGCCCGCACAACAAUGAGAGGAACUGUUUGAAGUUUUUUCCCGUUUCAAACAUAAGACAUUAGCAGGGAGAGAAGCGAGCUUUCUCAAAAGAGCCAGCGUGUGCUAGUCUUUGGUUGUCAGACGGUGUUGAAAUAUAUAAAUAAGUGAAGAGGAAAGAACAAUACUGUAUAGGUGGGAAAAGGGGGAAAAAAACGAAUUCAGGUCGGUUUUGGUUGAACACGAGAAUAUAUGUUUGUCAUUUGUAUCGAGAGAGAGAACUUUUUUUGUAAAACAAUACAUGUACAGUGUUGGACGAAAAAAUUGAAUUAUCUUUAAAGACACCACUUUUGAAAAGCAGUGUUUCCAGGCAAGGUGGAACAAAUCAAUAAUAGAUAGAAGCGAGUUGCAUGGACAAAGCGGUUCCCUUCCAUAGGGUCCAAGUUUAAGAUAAAGACCAAAACCCUGUUUAGUUUUAGUUUUCCCGAAGAUAUGCUGUCGUUUCAUUCAAUGCAAUAGUUUGCUUACGGUUGCCCCCCCCCCCCCCCCCCCCCUUGUUUCAGUUUAAACUAUUUUAUCGUUAAGUGACACACUUACACUAAGUGACUACAUGAACGGGAGAAGGAGCAGAAGAAGAAAACAUGUUUUUUUUGGAAAGAAAUCGAAUCAUAUUUCUUAGUGCAUCCGCCUUAUUUUGUAAAUAAUAUGUUCCUGCCUUCCAUAUUCAUUUUGAAGAAUUUGUCACCAAACUGACGCAAACACAGCGUUUCAUGCGUGAGUCUGAUCCGUUGAAGAAGAAUGGAGUCAUUGGAGCAAUAAGAAAAAAAAAAGUUGAAAUAAGGCUCCCUCAUUCUCUGCGGUGGCCGGACACUGACGAUGAGCCGAAAGCGCUAAUAGAACUGCACUCGUAUUUUGUGUUGGUUACCACGUGCAAUGUUGCAGCUUUAACCUUUAUGCAACUAUUUAUGAAGACUUGUUUUGUAGCUGUAUUCUUUGGGAAAAAAAAGGCAUGUACGUAUCUAGUACUGCGAUACUGUAGAUGUCUGUAUUGUGUUAAGUCUUAUGUAUUAAGUUCAGUAUUACAUCUUGCAACCCUUACAAACAGAGGGUGUUUAAGAGAUAAUGUAUAAGAAAAAUGUGUAUCUAUAUUAUAUAUGCACUUAUGCUUUCAAGAGUUUGUCAUUGCGCCAAUGUGUUUUUUAUUCUUUUCUGUUACGAAACCAAAGUUGAGUAUUCUUUACCCUUUUUUUUCCUGCUAAAAUGUGUUAUGAUUUAUCUUAUUAAAUUAUAGAAGACCACUCAGACCGUAGAGGUAUAUGGGUUUACAUUGGUUCAGUUUGGUUGUAUUUAUUCUGGAUGUCCCAAGGAGUGUUUACUUUUACGUUCUUUGAAGCUGUGCACAAAAUUCUUCUUCCGUGAUUUUCGAUUGCUUUGUGUAGAUGGAUACCAAUGUGUGUUUCAGUGUUUUUGUUCUGCACCCCCCCCCCUCCCCCCCCUCACGGCCAUCAGACUUGGUAAACAACCUUCACCAAGCGAUGUUUGUCUUUUGAAUAACUGGGAUUCACACUGCUCUGUAGCCUCAGAGUGACCCCAGAGACUUCCAAUCACCUCCCCUCUCUUGUCAGGGCAGUAUCCUAAGCCCGCCCCCAAACACCAGAACCUCCCGCCUCCAAAAAAGAAAAUCAAUACAUCGGGUUAUCUCGCAUUUUGCACUCAUUUUCAGUUGAAACACAUUGAAGUCCUUGAGAACUGGUAUCUUUAUUUUUAUUGGCUAGUCGUUUUUUUUUUUUAUUGGUAUGUGUGCCAGUCCAGUGAGCUCUUCAAAAAAUCACUUUGUGUUCUGGGCUCAUCUUCAAAGAUUGAUGACGUCGUGGACCACUUCAGUCAGUCCAACGUUUAUUCGUGUUCUUUGUCUGUUAAUACCCGUGUAUAGCUUCAAGACCUUCGCGUCUUGUCCUUUUUGAUUUUAUUUAUUGACGUUGGUCUGGGUGUUUCCCAAAAGUAUGAAAACAGUGAGAUUGUUGGGUGUCCAUAACUAAGCUCGGUCCUGGAGCGUGCUCUGGAGGCCCGGACUGAGACGCCUUUGGAAAGCCCCGUUUGUUAGUCGUUAUGUAAAGAUGUACAGAGAGGAGAAGGAGCAGGCUCGUGUUCAGGAUGUGAACCUCAUAACUUUUGACAUAUUUGAUACAUUAUAGUACAAGACUGCAGCAAUGUCAUAUUUGAAUGUCUUUUUUUUUUCUUUUUUUUGCAUGUAUAUUUCUUUGUACAGAAAAGGCAUAAUGUGUUUACACAUUAUUCUGUUGUAAAUAUAUUUUUGUCCUCUGGUUACUUUGCCAUUAAACGUACAUGGAACAUGA